CAGUUAAUCACGCAUAUUUUACGUGAUCUUUAAUGGCGGAUGGUCUGUUGUUGACAAACGCAAAAUAACUGGAAUAUUUUUCUCCAUGAAAACAGACACAGGAGCGCUGUCAUAUGAUGGCAAUAGAGAAAACCUCGACUUCUUCUUCUCAGGCGACCACACUUAAUUAUUGCAAAAUGGACGAGGCUGCACAACACGAGCAACCUAUCCACAGUGGGCAUUUCAUGAUAACAAACGUGCAUGGCAAAUACCAAGACGACGAAGAGGAUGACGAUGAAGAUGUCAAGCCACAGUUGGAAGAGACGGGAUUUGAUUUCGAUUCUGCGAACAAAACGCCGUCGAAUUCUUAUCCAUUUGGGCCUAAUGCAACACUGUCUAUUGACGAUUCUCUCACCAAACUUUUUGACUGCAUGUCCCUGGCAUACAGUGGAAAGCUGACCUCACCGAAAUGGAAAGCAUUCAGAGGGCUACAUCUUACUGUGAAGGACAAAGUACGACUCAACAACAUCAUUUGGAGGGAAUGGUGCAUGCAAUAUAUCUAUGGGAAAAAGCCAACCGUUUGCCAGUUUGCUUCUCCUUUAUCAGAUGACAUACAUACCAAGCCCGAGGCAAUUGUGCUGGAAGGGAAGUAUUGGAAAAGAAGACUGGAUACUGUUACCAAGGAAUACAAAAGCUGGAGGAAGUUCUCUAAGAGUCAGCUUGCCAAGAACUUCAGCAGCGAUAUGAGAGCCUCUAACACGGAGUUGCUGUCCCGUGUGGGGGAGGUGCUGACCAUCCCCAAUAACCAGCAGAUGUCCGCCACUGACCUACUGCUCAACUCCACCGACUUCAUGGAUAUCGACUUCAGCAGCGAUUCUCUGUUUAAUAAUCUGAAUCAUCCUUUCGCAUUUCCCAACCCAAAAGAAUUUUAUGGAAUGUCAACUGCUGAUCUGAUGCAGCCAGGGUUAGUUCCCCUGCAACCAAAUUUGGAUGAUUUGAUGGACUAUGAUCCAAUUCAAGAUAUUGUGACCACUCGCUCACAGGGUAAUAAUGUGAUGUACUUCACUGGAAAUCAGAGCAUGGAUACCACCACAUCAAAUUCUAAUAACCUAGACACGAGACAAGUUCAGACUCAGUCCCCAGGAAUUGACCUACAGCCUCAGUCCCCUGGAAACAAGACUUUAGGAGACCUCUUAAGUGGCCUCCUGGGAAGUAUUAAUAGUGCAUCCUUUACUGAUGUGAACAGUCCAGAAAGUCAACUCUUAAUAAAACUGCAGCAGCAACAACAGCAGCAGUCUGGUGCUCAAACACAACAAAACACAUCAAACACUGUUUUUUUCUUGCCCCAAAAUAAUGAGGACACUUCAAUAAACAAUGUGACCACUGUACCUACUGUAUCACACUCACCUUCAGAGCCCACAAUCCCCAAGAUUUCCUCAUUGGAGGUGGCUUUACUUGGUAAAAAUCCAUUGUUGAAAAAUCAGGCUACAAAGAGUCCUGCAACACAGCCAUCAAGACCCCCUGCGAAGAGUAAAAGUGCACCACAGGUGGCCAAGAAAUCAACACAGAAAAAGGAGGGCAAUUUCGUAAAGCCAAACAAACCUGCAACUCGACCAAAGCAAAGAAUGAUUGCUCCCACUCCAGCCCCUUCUACAAACAACACAUACUUAGCCCAGCUUCUUACCACAGGGACCUACCCAGGGGCUAUAAUCAAUGUGAAGAAGGAGGCAGGAGGGGUGGCAACUCCUAGUCUGGUGACAAUUCAAGGGCAACAACCCACUCCCACACCUCUUGUUGUCUCUUCUAUUCCAUAUAAGCUAACAGAUGCAAGCAUACUUUUACAAACACAGAGUCCCGGUGUUGAAGCUACCAAAGACACAGUGAUAAACUUUGUUUCGAAUCCAGUAAAAUUAUCCACGAAUACAUCAACAACAGUUUCUAAAAUUAGCAAUGUGCCAGCGUUGGCCCCCACCAAGCCACCUGUGACCCCCCUGACUUCUCACCUGUCUGAGACCCUAUCUCCUCGGCGGGCCAGCUACCCUCCCUCCAGCACGACCACCGUGUUUUCUAAUCCUACCAGUCCGUCUGAUAGUCUGUCAGUCACUAGUCCCUCUGGCAACUAUUCAGGGGACUCUGAUGCAGAAUUCAGAGGAGGAGAACACAGGCGACUAAAUCAUACGUCAGCUGAGCAGAAGAGGAGGUGUAACAUCAAGAGUGGUUUCGACCUACUUCACACACUGAUCCCAACCCUUAGUCAGAAUCCCAAUGCCAAAGUAAGCAAGGCAGCUAUGCUUCAAAAAACUGCUGAAUAUUGUAAGAAGUUGAAAGCAGAACGAGCACAGAUGCAAAAUGAGGCAGAGAUCCUUCGUCAAGAAAUAGAAUCUCUUAAUGUUCAAAUAAGCCAAUGCCAGGCCCAGCUCCCAGCUACAGGGGUACCAGUCACCAGACAGAGGGUGGACCAGAUGAAGGAGAUGUUCCAGGAAUACGUCAAAAAUAGAACUCUCACUAACUGGAAGUUCUGGAUUUUUUCCACCAUCAUACAGGGUCUGUUUGAUACGUACAACAACAUGGUGUCUACAGCCAGUGUGGACGAACUGUGUAGGACCACCUUAGCAUGGCUGGAUCAGCAUUGCUCACUAGUGGUUCUUAGGCCUGCUGUGUUGAAUGCGUUACGUCAACUGAGCACAACAACGUGUAUUCUGUCUGACCCGUCACGCAUGCCUGAACAUGCCACAGAGGCAGUCCUCAAAACAGACAAAUCAACAGACACCUGAUUGUCCACACAGAGGCCAACUCUGUGCUCAGAGACAAAGUUUGAUCAACGUUCAGUAUUCUCUGAUCCUCCUCAGAAGUUAGCGAUCGUGUACAGUCAAGGAUCACACUCUGAGGAUUUAGAUUUUCUAUGGAUAUGAGAUCAGUUUGAAAAUCCAUGGACUUCGGACAAAACAUAGGGCAGCUUUAAUUAAAAGUUUGUUGCUGGCAAAAGCAAUAUGUUUGUUGUUUGAUGAAUUUUAUGUCAAACACUUUAGGUGAUUUUGAGUUUCUGACAUUUAAGUGGCAUUAGUUGUGUUUUUAUGUGAAGAUAUAUAAAGUAAUGUAAACUUUUUUCAAGUGAAGUUUGCACCAUAGCAAGAUAAAAGGGUGACUUACAGCUAGUGGUUAGAAGUAUGGUGGCACAAAAGGCAGAAAGAAAAUGUUAACAUUUCCAAAUUGAGAAGGUUCAAAUUGAGAAGGUUCAAGAAACCUGGUGGACAUGAAAUCCCUGAUGCAUUUUUUUUAAAAGUGCAUAUUUUCAGAAAACUGCUCAAUGAAGAAGAAACAAAGCAAUGUAACCUGGUAAAUAAAUACAUGUACAUUGAAGUGAUAUUGUUUAUGAAUUUUCAUAUUUUUGUCAUACAUGUAAGUUGAAAUGACUUUAUAGAACAAUUCUUCUUAAUUUUGACAUUUAUUGAAAUAUUUAAAAAUUGAGCUUGUUGAAAACUAAGGUAUGAUUUUAUUAUCAAAACUUAUUUUUUUUCAACUGUUUGUUAUUUGAAACUAGCCAAAUACUAUGCAGAAACCUGUUUGUGCACUACAUUUUAAUUAUUUAAGUAGAUGCAAAAAAAAAAAAAAAUGUUUAAUUUUCAAGUGUCAUUAAUUCUUCUCAGUAAACAUUACAUCAAUUUAGUUUUUUUUUUCAAAUGGCUUAACAAAAUGCAGAUCACAUGUAAAUUGUAGCUAAAAAAGAUUGAAUGAAGCGAAAUCUUUUAUGCAGUUAUAUGCAUUACUAUCCCUGUUGUCUUUUUUAAAAAGUGAACGUAUCUGAGCAUUACACUCAUUUCAAUAUCAUAAAUACUAUGAUUCUGGUCAUUAUUUAAAAGUAUCUUGGUAGACAUUUUCCCUCCCAUCCUUCCAAGGAAAUCCUGGAGAGAAAAAUAUAGAAUGUACAGAAAUAUUUAUACAACAAACAAUCAUGAGUGUAAUUUGUAAACUUUUAUUGAGUUGCAAGAAAAGUUGCUAAAAUUGUGCCUUCUUUAUAUUUAAACUAAUUUUGCUGCAAAUCCUGUACAUUUUUGCACUAUCCACACUUCAUGCAAGUUGCUCCACUUGCCCUUUGGAGUUAAACAUCUUGUCACCAAGCAGCUUUAUUGGCUGUUUACUGUUUGUACCGGUGUUGUAUGGCAGUAUUACUCAUGCUUUUAAAAGGCAGUUUGCUCUCAAUACAAGGAUGAACUAAAAGUAAAACAAUUCUCAAUAAACUUGUGUACCCUCUGAGGCAAUAACAACUUGAUCAACUUUAUAAAUAUUUCAUAUUUUCCCAUUGUAUAUGAAAAAAGGCUAUCAUUAAUUCAUGUUGUUUUUUCCAAGUAAUAAAUCCAUUUAUAAUGGAAUGUAUGAAUCAAAUGUAGUAUUUUUUGAUAAAUACUAAUCAUGGAGUUACCAAUUUUAAAAGCAUAUCUGCAUAAGCAUUAUCUUCACAAGAGAUUUAAAAUUGGUGAUUUUCUCCUCAAAGUGAAAGCUUCCAACAUUGACAGUGCCAUAUUUCUACCAA